AUGGAGUCAGAGACUAGCAAAGUGUCGGACGUCGACCAAGCUGAACGGGCUGCUACCGAAGACUCGAACGUGUUACCGGCUGAUUUGGCAUAUGAAUAUGAAGCACUGAGUGAAGACAACAGUAACAUCCGCGUUCUGAAGAUCCAGCCUGGCCGGUUCGAUGACGAUGUCUACAUCCAUAUGCUGACUAUUCCUUUCGGCGGGACUGGACCCAGUCGCCAACCCUACGAGGCACUCUCAUACACCUGGGGUAACCCGCAAAAUCCAGCGACAAUUUACAUCCGCGACACCGGAAAAGUCUCCACACUUUCAGUCACUCGAAACUGUGAAGAAGCUUUACGAUACCUGCGUUAUGAAGACACCGAAAGAGUCGUCUGGGUAGACGCCAUCUGCAUCAAUCAAGGCGAUCUCGCCGAGAGAGCUCGACAAGUCUCGAUCAUGCGAUCGAUUUACUCCAAAGCCUGGCAAGUCGUCGUCUGGCUCGGGCCGGCUUCUGCGGAUAGCAGUUUGGCUAUGAAGUGGAUUGAUACCGUGAGCGAUGAGCUUGCGUAUGAUAAGAGCACCCAGGAGAUGCGUGCCCUCACGCCGGACACGAAACGGCUCCACACCGAGGAAGUAGUGAUCGCAAGCGCAGAUGAGCUUGAGGCAUUCGCUCAACUAAUUGAGCGACCUUACUUCGAUCGCCUCUGGGUCUGGCAAGAAGUCCGCAUGGGCGGCGAAGGCGUGAAAGUGAAGUGUGGCCAUGAAGAAGCAUUCUGGGAGUGGCUCAUGACCGCAGUCUUCUAUUGCAAUCGCAAACUGAUCAACGGCGACAUUGGAGUCCUGCGUCUGACACCACGGACCAGCUUCAUACGAUAUCUCCCGCUCGCUGGACACUUCCAGAGCCUGGACGCUCUGGACAACAUGAGGCUGUGCAAAUGCUCGGAUCAGAGGGAUCGGAUCUACACGACCCAGGCUUUUGCCGAUACGUAUACUACGCUCCAGAUCGCCAUCGAUUAUAAGGUCGACGUGCGAGAUGUCUACCUUGAGUUUGCUCUCAAGCAUCUUCUCUCUACAAAGAACCUGGAGUUCUUGGCGCACGUUGGAGAUGAUUUACCGCAUCCAGGGGAGCAAGUGAUCGAUAAGCUUCCUUCAUGGGUACCAAACUGGUCAAGACGCAACACAGCACAGCGACUGACCAUGGGCUUCGCGAGCGGCUUCUCGCAAGCAUCAUUCAUCCCUGCUUCUGGGAUGCGAUUAGGUGCUCGUGGGCUAAAAGUAGGAACGGUAGCCAAAAGCCACCUAUUUGGACAUGAUCUUCUCCAUCCGAUCAACACCAAUGUCUGGAACAAGGCCAUGCAUGCGCCAUUGCAAGCUAUAUUGCCUAGGGAGGUUCAACUGCAGACUGCACAGUCAGAUCCAAAUGACCGUAAGGAAUUUCGCCAGGUCGUACGGGUCAUGACGAACGAUACGUGCGCCGAACAUUACAUCCCAGCGUCGAGCCGCCCGACGUUCGCACAAGCUGAAAGACAUGUCAUCGCAGCCUUAUGGGGCAUAGGUCCUGAUAUCCUCCCGCCGGAGCGCGCGAAGAUCGUCAUGUGCUUCUUCAAUUGCCGCGGUCGAGCGCUGUUCAUCACCGAGGACGGCAGAAUCGGUCUUGGGCCUGCUGCUAUGCAGAACGGCGACGUGCUUGCAGUCCUGCUCGGCUGUCCCAAUAUCAUGGUCCUGCGACGUCUGGCCAACGAAGGCCAUUAUUCCGUCAUCGGCACAGCCGUCUGUUCUGGCUUGAUGGACGGUGAAGCGAUCCUAGGCCCUUUACCCGACGACGUCGAGACUGUGAACGUGCUCAACCAGGAUACGGGUGCGCAUCUCCCUGCUUUCAGACACACGGGGACGGGCGAGCUUACGUACAAGGAUCCGAGGCUGCCGUCUCUGAGGCCAGGCUGGAAGGAUGUCUCCGGCGAUAGGUCCUUGAGUAAUGCUCCGUUGUGUUGGCAGCAUGAGACCACUGGGGAGUGGCGGUCGUAUCUCCGUGAUCCACGACUUGAAGUAGAUGCGUUGGAAGAGCGAGGGGUCAAGCUCGAGACGUUCUUUCUUGUUUGA